CACUCUGUCAGUACAAAUCUUCCAUGGCCUUCCUGAAAAAACUUCCCAAUGAAGUUCGCUGUAAAAACAAGAUCAUCGGCACUUCUCAUUUAUUCAUCUAUACUUACCAACUUCAUAAUGUUGCAAUUCUCAUGUGCUUUAGUUUAAUCAAUAUUUUGCACGAAACAGGGACCAGUGACAAAAUUACGCGUGAAGCGGCCUAUUUUAACGGAAUGUUCUGGGGGCUUCUCAUGGUUCUUACGCUGUCUGUUACAUUGGUGUACUGGAAGGAACAGCACUCAAUUAAAAGUUUCUAUUCAAGACUGUACGGAUUGCCGGCUGGAAUGCUUUCCUUGAACAUUUUGCUCCCAGUUAAUGCCAUUAUAGGACUGUACAGUAGUUGGGCGCAGGUACUCGUGACCAAUCUCCUCGUAGGGGUCCUGUUCUACUUGCUCCUUGUAGUCUUAACCCAGCUUAAAGAAAUCUUCUCUCCGAUUCACUACAGUCUGAUGAGCACAACCAAAACAACCAAUGCUCAGAAAAUAUUUCUGAUUCUGUUUUUCGCACUCACAGAACUCUACUGCAUACUUUUAUGCUCCGUGGAUACAAGUUUAGUGCGAGACGAGAAGGUGAUUAUUGGAUUCUACUACACAACUUAUGUCUCCUGCCCAAUCCUCAACAUAAUAGUCAUGCCGAUUGUCUACGUGGCUUGUUUGGCUUACAACUCGGACCAACUUGCUUUUAGUAAAGAGGCCAGUGAUGGAAAUCUGCAGAGAGGAGUGUGCAGUUGGCAUGAGAAAUCUGAGACAUGGGUGCAUGAAGAGGCUCCACUGAGAGAAGAAGACGCGUUUUUGGUGAAGUUAAAAUUACUAAUUUAAUAAUAAUAAUCUACAUAUUUCUGUUUGUUAUAAACUUCUACCUCAGAAUAAAACGUUUUUUUUUGUAGAGCUUUGUUUCAGAUUUUCAGAUUUAUUUUUUAUUUUUUCGUUUCUAUAGAAUACAAACGUUCUCAAUUUUUAAUCUCUACAUCUCAAUAAACAAUU